CUUGUUAAUGAUGAUGCAGGUUGAAAUUGGAUAGCGGGAAGGCUAGUAUAUAGAGUUGGGUUUGCCUAAUAUAGGACCUUCACAUGCUCGACACGUCUCUCACCACUUCAACACUUCUCAAAACUCCUUAACUACCUUUGGAACUAGACUUUCAGACGACUUCAUCAUGACGGACAACAACACCAACAACAGUCAGCAGAGCAAAACGUACAAACAGGCCGCGGGCGAGUACUACAACAAGCAGUACGAAAGCUGGAUGCCCUGGAUCGAAGACAAGUACCUAAGCUGGUUCACCAAAGACAACAAAGCAAGCUACGCUACAAAACAAAACCUCGACAAAACAAAAGUCACAGGCGUAGACCAAGUCGACAACCUCCAAGACGGCGUAAACAACCUUGUCGCAGGCCAAGUGGGCAAAGGCGGCCUGGCCCAACCCCUCGGCGACGCCUUCUCCAAGGAAGGAAUCAAUCGCGCUGAGCGAGGCGGCAAGGAUGACAAGGGGCGUGGUGUUGAGAGCCAGGGCCCGUUGGGAGGGUAUGGACAGAGUGCUGCGGAGGGUGUAAAGGGCGGUGUUGGGAGUGUUGCGGGCGGAGCGAAGAGCGCGGGAGGAUAUGUGGGUGGGUUUCUGGGCGGG